AUGCGGAUACGCACUUUAACCAUCGCCGCCACCGCGUUUCUGGGUGUUGCGGCCUCCAGUACGUCCGGCGAGCAGAUUUCAGACACUGGUAAGUACAAUGUUGCAGGCAGUCUCGUUGCGGCAGCGUUCUUGAAGCGUUCUGGGCAUGCAGGAUUUGGAGAGGGUACGACCACGGCAGGGUUCAUUGAUGCAGGAGAUGAUGAUGCAUUGGAGGAAGGAUUCGGCAAGAUCAAUCCACGCCACGACGCCGCCAGCAUCACGACGACCUCCUACGACGAACAAUCCCAGACGGUCGUCACUCGAACCCUCCCCGCUACCGAUCUUAUUGCGCGUCCUUCUUGCGAUGCUGAUGAUGGUGCGAGCACAAAUCCUGCUGCAACGGCUGUUACUUUCUCUACCACCAUUCCGAAGCACGAGACCGACAUGUACUCGUACCAGCCAGUGCCUACAUGGACGUACUCGGGAGCAGCGGCCAGGAAUGGUUGGCUUUUCCCGCGUAUGGCUGGAGCUGCCACAACUACUACCACAGCUUUGACCGCCACAGAACCUGCUGCAUCUUCGAGCUGCGCAACGGACGCUGUCACGUUCACUGCCAAUGUGAAGGCUGCUUUGCAGAAGUUCCCUCCUGGACAACUGAACGGUACCUUGCGUCUCACCAACGGUGCGCUAUUCGACCAGACCAGCCGCAUGGCUUUUCUUGGCAACAAUCAAGAGAUCAUGCUCGAUGCAAUCAAGUCCAGGGAUGAAGCCGGCGCGGAUCAAUGGUCGGUAUGUGGUGAUGGACGUCUCAUGUACGAUGGCAACGGUGUGUGGUGUUCCUGCCAGAGCGGCUCUGGCACGCACAUCUUCCAGUCCUCGCAGUACUGCAUGCGUUCAGAGUGCGAGCUCGUCCAGUUGAGCGCUGUCAGUGCUACAGUAACCCCUACAACAAGCGAAGUGACCAGUACAAGCACAGUUACCGCCAUCGUAACGACAACCAUUCCCUCCUGUCCGAUUUUCUCGGACGUCGCGGGAUCCUCCGCAAGCACAACCCCCUGCUCCGAGUCCUCAGCGCCGCCAACAAGCUCCUCCGUCGAUGCCACAAGUACGACAACAGACACGACGUCUCUAGCCGCGGCGACAGGAAUGCGUAAGAUGCAGGCCAGCGAGGUGGUAGUCAGCAUCACCGUAGUCCUCACCAAGACCGUGUCGCCAGUUGCGGGAGGCAGCACCACUCUCGAAGCUUCGGACGCUAGCAUAAUGCCAUCCGGCACCAUGAUCCCGGUGAUCUUGAGCAAGGACGGCAAAUGUGGAUCGAGUGUCAACCAGACCUGUCUCACCUCGUCCUUUGGUAGCUGCUGCAGCAAGCAGGGCAUGUGUGGCGACAGUGCCGAGUUCUGCGAUUUGGCUUCUUGUGAUACCAAUUUCCUUUACAGCAAUUGCAGCGAGCCGACUGCAUCGUACAACCCGAUCAGCAAGCGAGCCUAUCGCACAGUGUCCACCGAAACUAUUCGAGAGACAUUGACUGUGACGGUGGAUGCCGCAAAAGGCUCCGAACCUGAUGGAAACGGUACGGCGUCCUCUCAUGACGUCGCCACGGCGCUGCAGAUCCUUACUACUGAGGUGACUGUGACUAGCACACCGGUUGUGCUGUCGACCACGCAGAUCACCGAUCCUGCUCCUCCUGGAACUGUGCUUGCGACUGCUGUCAACAGUGUCGCUACCGUCAUCAACAACCCACUCUUGCCAAAUAGGUCGUCCACUAUGAGCAACUGGUCGGCGCUGAACCCGCACAUCAACAACACCAGCAUCGAUACAGACUCAUACCUCGACAUCUCCACCUUCUCGGUCUCUGGACAGCCGAUAGCCACUUCCAGUGCGAGUACGACAGGCGGAGAGACAAGUGCGAGUGCGUUGACGAGUACCCAUGUGACCCGGCCAAGCGAUACAGCAGCUGGAACAACUAACAAUGCUCUUGUGCCCGGCUUUACUCCGGCUGCCACGAGCAAUGUUGGCAAGAAUACAGGAUCCAGUGAGAUGGCUCCAAGCGGUAUGGUGCACGUCUGUGCUGCAGGCGCCACGCUUCUGGCGUUUUGCUUCGGGGUUAUGGUGUGGUUGUAA